AUGGAGGGCAGCAAUAAAAGUGAUGUUAUGCUGGCCGCAGACCAGGACCGCAACCUUCCAGAAUCCGCGCAUAUCAGGGCGAUCUCUACAGUCACCCCAGAGAAGAUAACUCGGUGGCUGCUACGUCAAAUCAUGAAAAGACAAAAUUCAAAAGUUAUCCUUGUCAUGGGGAUUUUACGGCCAGGCAAAUCAUCUCUGGUGGAGUCGAUCACUGGGGCUACGGGCCUCUCGGGACAUGGAAUAGAGUCAGUGACUGGAGAAUAUCAGUUGACAUCGGUCAAUAUUGAGGGCGACAACUAUAUCUUAGUGGACACUCCAGGGUUUGCAGAUCCUCGCCAUGGAAGAUCCGACGAGGACGUCUACCUCAACAUUAUGAGAUUCGUCGAAUUGGUCCGAGGGGCUGUUACCUUUGUGGGUGUCCUCUUCGUCCACAAGAUCGGAACCAUCUACUCUGGUGAUGUCACGAAAACUUUCGAAAUCCUCAAGGCAUUCGCAGGAGUCGAAUACUUUCCCUUCAUAACCUUCGUCACCACAUACUGGGAUACCGUCCACCCGCGCCUUAUCGAGCAAUAUGAAAGCGAAGUUCAGCACUUGAUAGACCACCAAUGGUCUGAGUUUACCACCCAUGGGGCAAUGAUUUAUCAUCACGGGAAGGCCUACAACGACACAGGGGUAACAAGUGACGUUCUUAUCAAGGACGACCAGGACGAAAUGCGACAGCAACAGGCUCAAAGGAUGAUCGUCCGUCACUACAAAGACAAAAAUUUCUCCAUACCACUGGUUGUCAAAGAGCUCAAUGCAGGUUUUGGGGUUAACAACACGACCGCCGCGAAAGUAAUCGGUGUCAGGAGUCGUGCGUUGCAGGUUGCAAGAAUCGCACCAUGUCCCAGACGAAGCAGCACAGCAAACAGCACAGCCAGCAGUACAUCAGCAGAGAGCGACGAGACAGCGGCACCUAAUUGGCUAGACAUGCUUGUGAGCCUCCUAUGGAGCAGUGGAAGGAGACUCUACAACUACGUAAUGAGUCUGCUCCCAAGGUUGCCCUCGGGCACUACAUGGGCCCCUCGCUACAGCUCUAAACGGGGUAUCGAAAUUGUCCUACAUUUGCCCUUCGGGCAGAGGCUUGUGAUGGGUUUGAGCGACUCUGGACUUCCAACAAUAUAUCACGAAAGUGGCACUGGAGACAGAGACGAGGCGGACAACAUUCCCGAAGGCUUCGAAGACGACUUUGACUUUGCACACGAGCAGGACGAGGAGAUGAACUUUGGCACCUCCGACCGAGAGAGUUUCGACGCGGAGGAAUUCAUGGAGGAGUUCAAAAGCGCGAGAGAGGAAUAUGCAGAAGAUGAUGAAUCAAGCGGGUGGUGGUGCGCUGUUAUGUAG